AUGAUCUCAGAUUUCGAUACACCGUUGCGCCCGACCCGUAUGAAGGAUCCUUUCACCCCUGCAUCUGGUGUCUCAAGUCCUUUUGGGUUAGGAAACGAUGCGAGCCCGCACUCGCCAUCACCAAGGCAAGUGGUUGCGGAUCGCUAUAUUCCUGUGAGAGAGUCGCAGGAUAACUCAGUCUCACACUUUCUUCUCACCACAAAGGAAAAUUUGAGCCCUAUCAUUGCGCUCUCGCAGUAUCAUACUCCGCAGCGAGAGAACACGUCGACCGCGGUCGUCAUGCCGACGUCGGCAUCCCCUCCAUCCAACACGUGGUCGUAUCCACAGGGCAGCAAUCGCUCAGUCGUGGAGGAAUCACCGCUUCGGGGCUCGCCCUACGGCGCCAUCCACGGCGGCAGCGCGGGCCCCACCCGGGUUCGAAGUCCCCUGGCAUCUUCGAACAUCGUCGAUGCCUUUGCACGUUUGCAUCUGGAUUCACACGCCCACCCCAUGGAGCACGGCAGCGCCGCCGUGCUCACGACGCCCCCGCCUCCAGCGUCGAAUUCCGCGUUCGACGCACCCUCGCCGAGCACCGCACACGCGGAUCCCGAUGCGUUGGUGAGCGGGGUGGAGCCGUACACCACUCGUCUUCUGCGGAAUCUCUUCAGCGAUACGCCGCAGGCGUCGGUGCUGGGCAUCCACGCUCCCGGCGGCUCUAGCACGGCGGAUGGCUCGGCAGUAGAAUGUACUGGCGCCGGUCGCUCAGGCAAAUCCAAGUGUUUUCGUGAGGAGGAACGUUUUUCGGCAUCCCUGGGCGUCGUGUAUGAGACAAACCGCACCCUCAACUUUACCUCGAAGAACUUUCGGGUAAUUUCGCAGACCCCAGAGCGUAUCUUGGACGCGGCGGAUAUGAUUGACGACUUUUACAUGAAUCUAAUGGACUGGUCCACGAGAGGGGUGAUCGCCGUCGCGCUUCAGUCCUCGGUAUAUCUUUGGGAUUCCACCACGUGCAAGAUAACCCAACUGCCGCCGCACACCACCAGCAGUUCCCUCCGGGUCUCCGACUCCAUGCCUUCGGGUGCGGGCAAGGUGGUCUGCAGUGUGAGUUGGACGCCCGACGGGCAGUACCUCGCCGUCGGCUCGAACGACGGCUGCGUCGACACGUGGGAUGUCGAGGCGAGGCAGGUGGUGCGGCACUGGCAUAAACACACCCGACGGGUGGGCUCCUUGAGCUGGACCACCGACGGCCAGGUGCUCGCGUCUGGUAGCAAGGACGCCACCAUCCGCCUGGAGGACCUCCGGGAUCCGUCCGAGACGAUGCACGUUUUGCGGGCGCACACGCAAGAAAUCUGCGGCCUGCGGUGUUCCCCCCACCGCAGUAGCGUCUACCUCGCCAGUGGCAGCAAUGACAACCAGCUGCUGGUGUGGGAUCGCCGGCUACUUGGCGGGCGUGGUGGGGCUGGUACGGUGACGCCCGACGCGCUCCCGGUGGUCUACCUCAACCAGCACAAAGCCGCCGUCAAGGCGAUCGCGUGGCAUCCGAUCCAGUCCUCCCUCCUUGCCAGUGGCGGCGGCACCGAUGACAAGACGCUGCGCUUCUGGAACACCCUCACAGGGGACUGCGUGCGCCACCUUAACACCCAAAGCCAGGUCUGCGGGGUCCUGUGGAACCACGCCGGGACCGAGCUGGUCAGUUCCCACGGCUUCUCCAAGAAUCAGCUCAGUAUCUGGAAGUACCCCUCGUUGAGACACGUGGCGGACCUCACCGGGCACACCUCCCGGGUGCUCCAUUUGUGCCUCUCCCCGGACGGUGAGACGGUCGCGUCGGCGGCGGGAGACGAGACGAUCCGCUUUUGGCGCUGCUUCUCGCCGGGCCCUGCGGCCGACGCGGCGCCGACGCCCAACGCGACCUUCUCCUCAACGUUGUCUCCUUCGCAACGGGGUGGGUUUCGUGUGGGUGGCGCUGCGAGGUGGGCGGAGACGACUCCCUCUCCUCUGCAGCCGCCGCUGGCCGCCACACGCAUCAGCAGCCGCUGCUGCUGGUCACCCGUUCGGACAGCAUCAGGGGCGAGCCUCUACACGGACCCCACCACCGUCCUACAACAGGUGGGUUUUCGAUGA